CAAAGCUCUGCAAGCUCACUGCAUUAAACAGUGGCGUUGCCUGUGUAUUGGUAUUGGUUUAUUAUUGUCACUUGUACCGAGGUACAGUGAAAAACUUAUCUUACAAACCGAUCGUACAGGUCAAUUCAUUACACAGUGCAGUUACAUUGAGUAGUUUAACUCUUCCCAAUCCUCUUACUGGCGAGAGAUGGAGAAAUGAUCAACAGCUUUCAAACCUUUGAAAGAGGGAAACUUUAUUAAAGUCCGAAUUAGAGACCAAAUCUGGAUGAAACGGAGAACUGGAACCCUAACUAUGAUUAAGAUAGAAUAACAUAUGUUUCAAUGUAUUUAUAAAAUCGACCGGUCUUAAAUAACAUAAACGAGAUAAACCAGAGUGCAGUGGGAAGAGGAGGUAUUGAGGUACCCAAUCUUAUGCUCCGGGAGUUCCGUAAGAUGCCUCGGAUCAUCUCUGACAAAUAAGAUUGUUUAAUGGUUCUAAGAUCAUUUUUUUUAUUUUGGCCUGGAAAUCUUUCCUCUUUCCCCCUGAAACAAAACAAAAACAUUUUUGAAUGUUGUUUUGCAAUUUGACAAUCUCUAAAAUCAACAGACAUGCAGCUAUUUCCCAGUUUCUUUUCUCUGUGAUCUUAUCCCCAAGAUUCAUUAGCCUCCCGCUACCAUUAACCAUCAUUCCCACUCCUCGCUGGGAUGCCUGAAGUGUCCUUUGAAAUAUCUGGCGCGCUGUAACGAACAACACAGAACUCGCUUGUCGCCCCUGAUUGGCUCGGCCGCUUAUUAAUAUUCAUAGUGGGAAAGAUUCGUCCGCAGCUUAGCUCCUGAUUGGUCAGUCCAUUGAGCCGUUCUCCCCCGCCGCCAGCUUUGGUUGACAGCCGGGACUCUAUCAAUAUAAACCCGGCAGGAUGAAGGUGAGGAUGAUUACAUUGUUUUAACAGGUUAUUUGCAAUGUCUUUACUUCUAAAGCUGGCUAACCGCUUACCUGUGUGCUGCAGGUAUGUUGCAGGGACGCUGGUGAAACCAGUCUUGGCCAAAAAACACAAGAGCCUGAGAACUGUGGCUGACAUGCCGGGUCCUAGCGCUGUGCGCUUUGCGUACGAUCUCUUCUUCAAUAAAGGGAUGACCAGGUUACAUGAGCUGCAGCUCGAGGGCAAGGCAAAGUAUGGACCAGUGUGGAAGGCCCGUUUUGGUCCUAUCCUCACCGUACACAUUGCAGAUCCGGUGUUAAUUGAACAAGUCUUGCGGCAGGAGGGCCAGCACCCAGUCCGAUCGGAUUUGUCAUCUUGGAAAGAUUACAGGCAACACAGAGGACAUGCGUACGGGCUCCUCACUGCGGAGGGGGAGGAGUGGCAGGAGCUGCGCAGCACGCUCAGCAAGCACAUGCUGAAGCCGAAGGAAGUGGCGGCGUACAGCGGUGUCCUCAACAAGGUUAUCACCGAUCUGAUCCUUCGCCUCCGCCAGCACAGGGCGGACAGCGGCUGCCUCCUGGUGAAGGACCUGGCGGGAGAGUUCUACAAGUUUGGCUUAGAAGGUAUCUCUGCAGUGCUCUUUGACACCCGGAUUGGUUGUCUCAAGACUGAUGUCCCCAAAGAGACGGAAGAUUUUAUCCAGUCAAUUAACACCAUGUUCCAAAUGACACUCCUCACCAUGGCGAUGCCCAAGUUCCUGCACAAAAUCUACCCGGAACCCUGGCGGAGAUUUGUCGCCUGCUGGGAUUACAUGUUCGCUUUUGCCAAAGGACACAUCGACAGAAGGAUGGUUGAAAUUCAACAGAAGUUAGCAAGGAGCCAACCAGUUGAGGGAAAGUACCUGACCUACUUCCUGUCAUCCCAGAAUCUCCCAAUGAGAACCAUUUAUGGAAACGUCACCGAGUUGUUGCUGGCUGGUGUGGACACUAUCUCCAGCACAAUGUCGUGGACCCUUUAUGAGUUGGCCCGGCACCCAGACGUUCAGACAGCCCUGCACCGGGAAAUAAGAGAGACGGUUGGCAACAAGACCAUCCCCUCGGCUGCUGACGUGGCAAAGAUGCCCCUUCUGAGAGCUGUUGUGAAGGAAGUGCUGAGGCUUUAUCCUGUAAUACCAGGUAAUGCUCGUGUGAUUCCAGAUAAAGAUAUCCAAAUUGGAGAAUACAUCAUUCCCCAAAAAACCCUGAUUACGCUGUGUCACUACGCAACCUCGCGAGACAAAGAGGUCUUCCCCAACCCCGACUGCUUCCAGCCGACACGGUGGUUUCACAAGGACGACAGUUUUCAUCCUUAUGCCUCUAUCCCUUUUGGCUUCGGGAAGCGAAGCUGUAUUGGAAGAAGGAUCGCAGAGUUGGAGGUCUACCUGGCUCUGGCGAGGAUCCUGACCCACUUUGAGGUGAGACAGGAGAUCGAGGGCAACAUCAUAAAACCAAUGACCAGAACUCUGCUGGUGCCAGAGCAGGAGAUCAAUCUUCAGUUUAUUGACAGAUGACCGGAUGUACAGCGAACUGCUUCAGU